AAAGUACUUGGACAAGACCACCCAGACACCCUAACCAGCCUCAACGGCCUGGGUGUUGCUCUGAACUACCAGAAGAAGUAUGGUGAAGCCGGAGAGAUGUUUCGGCGUGCACUUGAAGGACGUGAGAAGGUACUUGGAAAAGACCACCCAGAUACCCUAACCAGCCUCAACGACGUGGGUGUUGCUCUGUACUCCCAGGAGAAGUAUGGUGAAGCUGGAGAGAUGUAUCGGCGUGCACUUGAGGGACGUGAGAAGGUCCUCGGACGACACCACAAGGAUACCCUAACAACACUCAACAAUCUCGCUCUUGCUCUGUACUACCAGAAGAAGUAUGGUGAAGCCGGAGAGAUGUAUCGGCGUGCCCUUGAGGGACGUGAGAAGGUACUUGGAAAAGACCACCCAGACACCCUAACCAGCCUCAAUGGCGUGGGUGUUGCUCUGCACUCCCAGGAGAAGUAUAGUGAAGCCCGAGAGACGUAUCGGCGUGCACUUGAAGGACGUGAGAAGGUCCUCGGACGACACCACCACGAUACC